ACAGCUCCAUCUUCUUCUUCUCUUCAUACUAAUAAUAAUAAUAUAUAUAUAUAAUUUAUAAUAAUAAUAAGAAGUAGAAGAAGAAGAGUUGUUGUUGUUGUUGUUGUUGUUGUUGUGAGAGUAAGUAAGAAUGGGUAGUUUUGUUAGGGUUUCAGAGAGUGUUGUUGUUUUUAUAGUUUUGGUGAUGAUGAGAUGUGAAGGGAUGAAUCAUGUUGUUGGUGGAGAUCAAGGAUGGGAUGCAGCUUCAGACAUUGCUUCUUGGUCUAUCAACAAGAUCUUCACUGUUGGAGAUAAUAUUUGGUUUACAUACUCUGCGGCACGUGAAGGAGUAUUAGAGGUAAGGAGCAAAGAUGAGUUUGAGUCAUGUGAUGUUUCCAAUCCGAUCAAGAUGUUCACCGGCGGCCUCGACACGGUGGCGCUCGAUGGUGUUGGCUCUCGAUAUUUUGUCAGCGGAAGGCCGGAGGAUUGUCACAAUGGGCUCAAGUUACAUGUCCAAGUAUUGCCAGUAUCGAGCGAGACUAAUCAUUUGACUAAUGUUAUAGAUGUUGUGGCUGAUGGACCCUGAACCAUCUGGCUCGGCAUCACUGAUAAUGUUCAUGUACUCUUCUCUUAUGUUAAUUGGUUUAGUUGUAAUUUGUUUUGUAGAAUUUUAGAGAACUCGAUUAAAUGUUAUUGUUGUUAGUUUUGUAUUGGAAUCAUGUUUUCUUUUUUUUUUUAAUUUCCAAGUUUAUCAAUGUUGUUUCCA